CUUACUAGUCGUAGCCCGGGAUGCACUGGGGUCGAAAAAAGGUUUCUUGACUGGAUUUGCCUCCCAUUUGGCCGGUGGUGAUGGAUGUGAUGGCAUUAUAGCUUUGCCCUCACCGUUUCUUUGAAGUAAGGCCUGCUUUUCAUCUCAUUGUGCUGACUAUCAAGAACCACCAGCAGCUGAAACCAGGCUUUUGGAUCACCUUGUUUCUCCGUCGUGUUGACAUGUGUUGACUACGAACCAACUCUUUUUUUUGGUUUCCGUCUCCCCUAUCCCCAUUGUGUUCAAUAACGCAGGCUGCCCAUGACUGCCCCAAAAUCCAGCCUACCAGGACCUUCAACUUUGUGAGAUCCCAGGAUGAGGUCAGAGGUCACUUGAAAGUUCGCCCUUGGAUUGGACUCAGCAACAUGGAAGUGGAACGAAGAACCAUCCUCCGCUCGAAAAAAGAAGAGUGGUCACCACUUCCAGGUCCACGAGCACACCAUGGCACGCCAUAUUCGUGGAUGACUGGUGGAUGAUAUUUCUGCCACUGUUGUCCCCUUGGGGGUCCUGAGAGCUUAACAAAAAUAGUUCACGAUAUGUCUGCCAUAAUACAUGUACUCGAAAGUACCCUAGAAAAUGGGACAUGACCCUACAAAAAAACAGGUGCUUGUACCCAUUGUCCGAGGUACUUUGAGACUCCAGGUAGCCUGUUUCUGGUUGUCUUACUGUUGUUGGAAAGUAUUGGCACCGCCCAGGCGAGAACGUACGGCAACUGCUGAGCCGUGCCCGGCAGCCGGGCUUGGCAGUCCACACACAGCCCCCUGGAGCUCAUCUGCUCCACUGUGCUGCAGCCUCUGCAGAGGCCUUCGAGGACUUUUGGCAGCGCUGGCCGGUGAAGCCUGGGCAAUUGUGAGUGGAAAAAUGUCGCAGCUCAUGCUUCGGAGGGGGCAGGUGCGGAUCUCGCGGAUGACCAAGGCAAAGACGACUCGGCUGGGACCGACCAUUCGGGCCUGGGAGGCGGCAAACAACGCCUUGAAGACGCUCCGUCGUGGGGGGAAGCUGCACGGCGCAGCUGCAGCUGCACUGCCCGCUGCCGCGCCCUUGCGUGCGAGCUGGCCGGUACUCUCCACCCAGCUUUUGAACUUUGAGCCUGAGAAGGGGAAGACCAAGCAGACGGCGAUUCGAGGCGCGCAGAUGCAAAGCUCCUCCUCAGCGCCGUCGCUACGUACGGAAAGCUCACAGGGCAGCUUGCACGCCCAGACCCACACGCACGGUCCAAGCUCCUCCAAGCGGGGGAGCGCGGCCGCGCGGGUCGUACGGCGGCCAAAGGAGAGGCGCUAUGAGGCGGAGCUCUUUCACGUGGUGGCGCGGCCACUGAUGGAUUUGCAGCGGAUGAAAGCCGUCGACCGUGAGCGGCGAUCCGUGGUGAGGCCGUCGAGGUCGCCGCCACCCGUGUCCCGGCGGACCUCACAGGCCUCACAGGCACCACGAGCAGAGGUGGCGCCCUUGUCUCGCAGCACGGACAAGCGGGUCACUGUGAACAUUGGUAGGCUCUCGCGUGUCCUGGCAAAGCAGUGGACUGAGGUCACCAGUCAGGAGGUGGAAACGCGUCGUGCCAAGAUGGAACGCUUGAGUCGGAGUCAGGGUGCAGAGGAGGUGGCACUUGAUAGUUUCUUCGAGUGGCACGGCGAGCAACCGGAGGACUCGGUGCAGCUCUCCUCCCAGGCGUCAAAGACACUGGAAUCGAGGAUGUUUUCCCGCGCCCAGAACCCCGCGCUGAACGCGUCGAAAGGUGCUACACCCGAUUGGCAGGAGGCUCAGGCGGGUCUCGUGCAGAAACAUCUCCAGCAGUACCGCCGCUGGCGCACCGAGGGACGCCCGCCCUCAGGGCGCCCCGUACCUUUGCCAGUGCUGGUGCCAAAGGAGAGCUUGUCCAAAGGGGCCAAUGAGGCACAACAAGAGGUGCCAGCGCAGGCGACGGCCCACGGCAGCAAGGGCCCGUCAAAUGCCAAGCCGGACUCCGCCAGUAAAAUGGACCAGUACCUGAAAGGCUUCAAGGAUCAGGACCUCAAUUGCCUCCUGGAAGAGAUCUCACAGACGGACACCUUCCCAGAAGGCGAUGAGUUCGUGUGGCCGCCCAAGAGGGAGGUCGCUUUACCGCCCAUCGCCGCCAAAGGUGAGGCCUUCAUCAAAGCGCUGGUCCGUGGCGACAGCCCAGAUCCACAGCUGACGAGGGUGGAGAAUUUGAAGAGAAGUGGAUACGAACGGAGCCGCAGCUUGCCCACCGGCCGAAGAAGCCCGGCGUUGUAG